GGGGGGAGACAAAAACGUGAAGAAUACACGAACGCGAAAGAUGUUCAAUAGCAGCUUAACCGACAACGAUGGAACAUCGUCUUUACUUGACGCUAAUCGAAAUGUUGAAUUCUUGGACGAAACGAACGUCCUGCUCGUCCAAAAUGCUCUUAUCGUUGGGUAGCAGCUUUUUCGGAGCGAUUCUGGCCGUUUAUUAUUUGCUACCCGCCGAUUGGAGUCAUCAGUCGCUACCUCAUCAUCAACAGACUAUGCAGGUUGCAGUGGUGGACGAACGGACAGCCUAUCCGUGCCAAGCUGAUCGUAAGAUCAUCAUUCUCUAUUGGACGAAAUAUUUCGGGAUGACGGACUUUGGCUACGGCUUGGGACGGGCACCGUUUCUCGAGUGUCGUACGAAUCAGACAAGUGACGGUACGGGUUGUUUAACGACAGCAGAUCGAAGUUUCGUGAACGAUAGCGACGCCAUCGUUUUUCACGCUCGUGAUAUCAACCCGAACGAUUUGCCUCCGGCCGGAUGGAGGCGACCGCAUCAAAAUUACGUUUUUCUCCUUUACGAGUCGCCAGUCAACACGAAUCUAAACAUGUUGCGACAACCUUUAUUCCGCAAUUAUUUCAAUCGAACAAUGACCUAUCGUCGCGAUUCGGACGUCGUCGAUUUGCAUCCGUACGGCCACAUGCAGUGCAUCGACGCUGCUUCACCAUCGUGUUCCGAAUUGCCACGAACUCCUGAUGCAAAGAAGCCAAACAUCGUCCAAGAGAAUGACGAUUCCACGUCGGUUCCCAUCAAAAUAGACUUGACAUUGAAAAAUCGGACUGUCGCCUGGUUCGUGUCGAAUUGCAACACAAACAGUCGGCGUGAAUUGCUGGCCCGUAACUUGUCGUACUUCAUUCCAGUGGAUAUUUCCGGCCGUUGUGCAAACGCAAACAACAUCACCUGCUCCGAUCGGGCUGCAUGCGACGAGAAGCUGAGUCGUCAUUAUCGUUUCUACCUAAGUUUUGAGAACUCUUUGUGUUUAGAUUACGUCACUGAGAAACUCUACCGACCUUUGCAACACAAUGCAGUCCCAGUCGUUUACGGAGGUGCUGACUAUUCUUUUUACCUUCCGGCUGGAUCGUACGUGAACGCCAUGGAUUUCGACAGUCCUGAACGUCUGGCCGAUCACUUGAACAAACUGAUGGUCGAUGAUGAGCUGUACCUGACGUACUUUCGCUGGAAGGCGAAAUACGCCGUCGAAAGGAGAGCGAAAGACGCAAUGUGCCGACUAUGUCGAUUGAUCAGUGACCCCGAAACGAAAGACAAGAGCUAUGCAGAUAUUGCUGAUUGGUGGGCUGGUGAUGUCAACGGGGCGAAUCAAACUUGUCAGCCUCCACCAACAAAUCUCGUUUGAUGCUCGCAAAAUGAACUCAAUUAUGCCACUGAAUACAUUCAAGCGUUUUCGAACAUUUUUAUUUGAAUGUUGCCGACGAUGUACGGGAAAAAUAGAAGCCAUGUCGCAUCCAAUAUCUUUUAAUGAGCACGUCAUCUAUCACAACGAGCAUUGCCAAUAAACUGUUGAUAUAGC